AUGGCCAAUGAUGAGGGUUUGCAAGCUUCACCAAAGUUGUUUAAUAAGCCACCCCUUCCUUAUCCUGGGGACCCUAUAGCCCAGCUUCUGGAGGAGAAGAGUAGAGUCCCAGCCACCCCAGGAUGUACUUCCCCAGCUGUUAUGCAGCCCCCACCAGGCAUGCCACUGCUCCCUGAAGACAUUGGCCUCCCAUCUUAUGAUGCAUCAGUGCAGACUACAUGUCCCCACUGCCAUCAGGCCAUCACCACCAAGAUCUCCUAUGAGGUUAGCCUGCUAAACCUCAGGCUGGGUUUCUUCUGCUGCUUCAUGGGGUGUGAUCUGGGCUGCUGCUUGAUCCCCUGCCUCAUCCGUGAUUUCAAGGAUGUGAAACACAGGUGUCCUAGCUGCAAAAUCUACAUUGACACAUACAAGUGCUUAUGCUAA